CCGGGAUGCGGGAGCGGGACCCCGGCUCUGCGCUCCCAGCUGGAUCGUGCGGAAUGAGGCGCGCAGCCUGGGAAUAAGGAACCCCCCUCGCCGUGGUCCCGCUCCGCUCCGCACGGGCGGGACGCAGGUGCCGGCAUCCCGCGGGAUCCGGCUGCGCCCGCCGAAUCUCCGCGGGAUUUUGUUCCUUUUUGCUCAGCGCAGGCCCUCGGGAUGGGCGGGAGCGGAGCUGACGGCGCUGUGGGGAUGGCCUGAGGACAGAGCGGAGCGAGCCAUGGAUUUCCCCCAGCACAGCAGGCAAGUCCUGGAGCAGCUGAACCAGCAGCGGCAGCUGGGCCUGCUCUGCGACUGCACCUUCGUGGUGGACGGCAUCGACUUCAAGGCGCACAAGGCGGUGCUGGCCGCCUGCAGCGACUACUUCAGGAUGCUCUUCGUGGACCAGAAGGACGUGGUGCACCUGGACAUCAGCAACGCGGCGGGCCUGGGCCAGGUGCUGGAGUUCAUGUACACGGCCAGGCUGAGCCUCAGCCCCGACAACGUGGAGGACGUGCUGGCCGUGGCCGGCUUCCUGCAGAUGCAGGAGGUCGUCAGCGCCUGCAACGCGCUCAAGGCGCUGGCGGGGCGGCCGGACGGCGCCGCGCCGAGCCGGGAGGCGCCUGCCGGCGCCGACAAGGCGGCGGCUGAAGCCCGAGCGGCAGCACCGGGCGCCGAGCACGAGGGGAAGGGGGAGGCGGCGCCGGGCGCCCCGGAGCGACCCGCGGAGCCCGGAGCGCCCGCAGCGGGUGCCGCAGGUUCGGGUGACGCCGCCUGCGAGGAGCCGCCCGCUGAGGUUUCCCGGCCGGCGCCGGCGGCCGAGAGCGGCGACGCGGCGGCCCAGGGCAGCAACACCCGGCACGCGGCCCCCCCAGACACAGGGUUGGAAGGCAAGGAGGAGGAAGAGGAGACGACAGCGGAGGAGGAAGAGGAAGCUAAGGGCGCCGAGGAAGAGCAGCCCCGGUUAGAAAACGGCGACAACGCUGAGGAUAACGAGUCGGGGAGCACRGACUCUGGGCAGGAGACGUCGGGGGAAAGCCGCCUGCUGCGCUCCGGGACCUACAGCGACCGCACCGAGUCCAAGGCCUACGGCUCCGUCACGCACAAGUGCGAGGACUGCGGGAAGGAGUUCACGCACACGGGCAACUUCAAGCGGCACAUCCGCAUCCACACGGGCGAGAAGCCCUUCUCGUGCCGCGAGUGCAACAAGGCCUUCUCGGACCCGGCCGCGUGCAAAGCGCACGAGAAGACRCACAGCCCACUGAAGCCCUACGGGUGCGAGGAGUGCGGGAAGAGCUACCGCCUCAUCAGCCUGCUGAACCUGCACAAGAAGCGGCACACGGGCGAGGCCAAGUACCGCUGCGACGACUGCGGCAAGCUCUUCACCACCUCCGGCAACCUCAAGCGGCACCAGCUGGUGCACAGCGGGGAGAAGCCCUAUCAGUGCGACUACUGCGGGCGCUCCUUCUCCGACCCCACCUCCAAAAUGCGGCACCUGGAGACCCACGACACGGACAAGGAGCACAAGUGUCCCCACUGCGACAAGAAGUUCAACCAGGUGGGAAACCUGAAGGCGCACCUGAAGAUCCACAUCGCGGACGGRCCCCUCAAGUGCCGCGAGUGCGGCAAGCAGUUCACAACCUCAGGCAACCUCAAGCGGCACCUGCGGAUCCACAGCGGCGAGAAGCCCUACGUGUGCGUGCACUGCCAGCGGCAGUUCGCCGACCCCGGCGCGCUGCAGCGCCACGUCCGCAUCCACACGGGCGAGAAGCCGUGCCAGUGCCGCCUGUGCGGCAAGGCCUUCACGCAGGCCAGCUCCCUCAUCGCCCACGUGCGCCAGCACACRGGCGAGAAGCCCUACGUGUGCGAGCGCUGCGGCAAGCGGUUCGUGCAGUCGAGCCAGCUGGCCAACCACAUCCGCCACCACGACAACAUCCGCCCGCACAAGUGCACGGUCUGCAACAAGGCCUUCGUCAACGUGGGCGACCUCUCCAAGCACAUCAUCAUCCACACCGGGGAGAAGCCCUUCCUGUGUGACAAGUGCGGCCGGGGCUUCAACCGCGUGGACAACCUGCGCUCGCACGUGAAGACGGUGCACCAGGGCAAGGCCGGCAUCAAGAUCCUGGAGCCCGAGGAGGGCGACGAGGUCAACAUCGUCACGGUGGCCUCGGAGGACAUGGUGACGCUGGCCACCGAGGCGCUGGCCACCACUGCCGUCACGCAGCUCACGGUGGUCCCUGUGGCAGCCGCUGUGACAGCAGACGAGACCGAAGCACUUAAAGCCGAGAUCACCAAGGCCGUGAAGCAGGUGCAAGAAGCAGACCCCAACACGCAGAUCCUCUAYGCCUGCGACUCGUGCGGGGACAAGUUCCUGGACGCCAACAGCCUGGCCCAGCACGUGCGCAUCCACACGGCCCAGGCCCUCGUCAUGUUCCAGGCCGACACGGACUUUUACCAGCAAUACGGAGCCGCCGCCGCCUGGCCGGCCGAGCAGGUGAUCCAGGCGGGAGAGCUGCUCUUCCGGCCCCGCGACGGAGCGGCCGAGGGGCCGGCGCCCCCGGCUGAGGCGCCGCCGCCGCCGGAGGCCCCCGCCGAGUGACCCGCGGUCCCCCCCGUC